UUAAAUCACCUUUAUCUCUUUCCAUUUCCCUCAGUGAUCAGUGAUCACACCAUACUUCAUCGCUGUCUCCUACCUUCCAGCCGCCAUGGAAACACCUACCAAGUUAAUUGGUAGUGAUGAUCCCAUUAAUCCCUCUUCCACUGUCGUCAUGUCAAAACAUCUCAUUUCAAACUUCUUGGAACACAUGAGGUUCCCCAUUCUCUUGGCUUUCAUGGCACUCGAGCUUCUCCUCUUCCUCCAAAGAUGGGAUCCCGUCUUCCAUUUGAUACCGCUCUCGUGCUUCCUUGUUGUUUUCAUGCUCGGACCGGUAUUUGUCUGGAAGGCUGCUGGCCAUGUCUACUUGGUAGACUUCUCGUGCCUCAAGCCCCCCGACUUCUGCAGGGUCCCCUUCGCCUCCUUCCUUGAGCACGCCUCCAUGAUCGGGAUAUUUGACAAAGAGAGCAUCGACUUCAUGGCCAAGAUCCUCGCUUCUUCGGGCCAGAGUGAGGAGACCUACCUCCCGCCGGCCCUGCAUUACAUCCCACUGCGAACCGACUACGAGGAAUCCAUCAAAGAAGUCCAGAUGGUUCUCUUCCCCGUUGUAGAUGACCUUCUCAAGAGAACUGGGAUAUCGCCACUCGACAUCGACAUCCUAAUAGUGAACUGCAGCGGGUUCUGUCCCGUACCUUCGUUGUCUUCCAUCGUUGUGAAUAAAUAUGGCAUGAGAUGCGACAUCAAGACCUUCAACAUCUCCGGGAUGGGCUGCAGCGCGGGUGCUCUUGGGAUUGAUUUGGCGCGGAACCUCCUUCAAGUCCAUAAGAACUCUAAUGCAGUUGUCCUCAGCACCGAGAUCCUGUCGACAGGCUGGUACUCGGGGCAUGAGCGGGCGAAGCUGCUCCUGAACUGCCUCUUCCGAAUGGGCAGCUCUGCAGCCCUACUUACGAACAGGAAGCGGGCCUACAGGCAAUCCAAGUACAGAUUAGUCUGCUCCUUCAGGACUCAGAAGGCCUCCGAUGAUAGGGCUUACUCCUCGGCGAUCCGAGAGGAGGACUCGAAUGGGAAGCUCGGGGUCACCCUCAAGAGGGACCUGCUGCAGGUUGCAGGCGAGAUCCUCAGGACGAACGUCACUGUGCUCGGCUCAAGGAUGCUGCCAUUCUCGGAGAAGUUCAGGCACGGCGUGUCAAUCGCCUGGAUGAAGUACUUCGAUAAGUUGGCGGAGAUCUAUGUGCCGAAUUUCAAGACAGUGAUUCAGCAUUUCUGCCUGCCUACUUCAGGGAGACCCGUGAUCCGAGAGAUCACAAAAGGCCUUAAGCUAGGGAAAUUGGACAUGGAGGCAGCGCUGAUGACGCUUCACCGGUUUGGGAACCAGUCGUCUUCCUCUCUCUGGUACGAGCUCUCAUACAUGGAGGCCAAGGAAAGAGUGAAGAAAGGAGACACAGUGUGGCUGCUGGGGAUGGGGAGUGGGCCCAAGUGCACCAGCAUCAUUUUGGAGUGCCUCAGGCCCAUCACUGGUGAGUCCAGUAGGGGCCCAUGGGUCUCUUCCAUCCACAGGUACCCAAUUGUGGCAGACUGAUUGAUAAGUAAAUAAGCCCACACCUCUGCCGACAAUUUAUUGCCAUCGAUAAAAUAUAUAUAUAAAAAAGCCCAUGAGCUCAAAAAAUAAAAGGAGGAAAAAAAAUAAAAAAAACAAUGGAGGAUUCAUUUGGUAUUAUUUAUUUUUAUGAAAUUUUCAACCUAUAAGUUAAUUUUUGGGGUCAAUUUUAGUCAUGAGACGCUUCCAGUCUAAACUUGCACUACAAAAAAUUGUACCCACUUGCCAGUGUAAUUCGCCAAUUAUAUCAUACCUCGUCAUUUAAUAUUUAUUAUCUUUCCUUUUUUUUUUUUGAUCGGAUAUAAAUUGGAUGCCUUUUUUCUCCACAUUUUGUCAUUUUUAAAAGCAGAAGGAAAUUUAAAAAAGGUAGGUUCUCGAGGGAGAAAUUGAAUGGUUAAUUUGCUCAAUCGACUGAUCACAUUA